AUGUCACGACAAAUAUCACAAAAACGAUCUGAUCAAUAUUUAAAACGACAGCAUUCAAUGAAAACGGAUGAAAGUCAUACAGAAGAAAGUAAAUAUCUCGAACCUUAUGACACUCGUUCUAAUUCAGUACAAAGAUUACGUGGAAAUCCAAGUGUACCGUAUGAACUUCACUCCAACGUUGAUUAUAUAGCAAGACGAUAUCCUGGACCUGCAAAUAUAAAUUCAACAUCAAAAUCAGUUAGUCCACGUCUUCUGAAUGUUUUAAAUCCAAGUCCCAGUGCACAUUCAUCUUUAGUAGCCGUGAGUCGUGUAUCACAACAACCGUCUUUUGAAUCAUAUGAUUCUUCAAUGAGUGCUGCAAGCUGGACUAGUUCAAAUGAUCCAGAUUUAUCUGCCAGUGGUUCACGUUAUAUUCAUGAUCCACGAUCAGUUUCACCAAAUCAACUGAAUAUAUCAUCAGCUUUAUCUGUAUCCCCACAAUCAAAGGAAAGAAAUAUGCAACUGGAGUAUAAUACUACUAACCUCAACAAUGUGAGCAACAAUCGUAAUAAUGCUAAAAUUGAUAACCGUGAAACAGAGUUGAAGUCAAACGAUGAAACUAAAUCUAGUUUAAAAUAUACAAAAGCAAAAGAAAUGUUUCAGUCUAGAAAGAAAAACCCGUUAUUUCGCAGUAUAACAUUUGACAAUGAUUCAAGUCUUUCAAAUGAAAUGCCAAGCAUAUCUUCUUCUUCAUCUAUUUCUCAACUUAAAACAACUCAAAAACGAAGUAGUUCAGCCAAGAAAUUAAACAAUUCAGAUGAAAAAGCCAAUCGUGAUUUGUUAAAAGAGAUGGCUGAUCUAAAAAUAAUUGGCAUGAAGAAAGAAAGUUCUGGUGAUCUGAAAUCUACUGCAUCCUCGGGGCCACAAAAUAUAAAAGGAUUAUGGAAACGAGCAUUUCAGUCAUUAAGAAAGGAUAAAAAUGAAAAAGACCAGUUUAAACGGAAAGAAAAUGGCAGCCAAGGAGGAGAUGCACAGACUCCUGAAGGUGAAAUUGAUCCUGUAUACCAUUUACUACGUUGUGCAGCUAGUAAAAGUCAAUCCACAGCUUUGGCGACAACUGGUCUGACAAAUGCAAAAACAAAUCUUAAACCAAAAUCAACUAAUCCUGACACAUCUCAGACAAAUUCUGGUGACAGUGGACAGUCAUCUAGGCUGGAUAAUUAUGAAGUAAAUCCAUAUACUGGUUCUAUGAUUUUACGGAAGACUUCCCCAAGUGUAACAUUUAAACAAAAUGAAUCAGAACGUUGUCGACUAGAUGAAUAUUUACUUGAUAAUAAUAGUAAUAACAACAACAAUGUUACUUUAAUUACAGACAAUAACAAUAAUAAUAAUCAAAUUAACAAUUACAAUCAAAACACAGAAAGUGAAAAUAAUUCAUCACGCUUUAAUGAAAAUAAAUCAACAAAGAAUAAUGUGUUAAUACCUACAAAUGUUAAAUUAAUCCCUCCAAAUUCUAUAUCAGAGCAACAACAAAUUAUUAAUUUAAAUGAAGCAGAAUUAGCUUACGAACAACAUAAACGAAUGAAUCCUAGACAGAAAGCAUCACGUUCUGGUCAAAAAAGUCCAUCAUUUUUAGUUGAAGAAGAUCAACAGUCAUAUGUGAUAGAUUAUGAUCAAGAAGUUGAACCAAAAUCAUCCAGAUCAACAUACGAAAUAAAAUCUUAUAAACCAUUCACUGGAAAUAACCCAAAAUCGUUUCCUUCAGCACAACGCCCUUCAAAUGAAAGAAUGUAUACACUUAAUCGAAUGAAAAUGAUGUCAAUGGAAGAGAAUGAAGACGACGAGCCAAGCAUUGUAGAUGACGUUCAAAAAUUUCAGAAAAUCAAUCACAAUGUAAAUUAUUUUCGGACAGAACAUACAGCCUCAUCUUCUUCACACAAAUAUGCACAAAAUUUUAGUUCACAAUCUAAUAAACAAAAUAAUUAUGAUGAUGUGGUACAGUCAAGUCAACAAGUAACAAACGUUGAAGAUAGGACAAGAAAAAAUCCUCUUUUAUCAACGAAAAGUUUUUCACUGGAUGUACCACGAUUUGAUCAGCCAAAUGAGUCUAUCAUAGGUGGUUCAGGUGGUUCCAGUCCAGGACGUUAUUCUGAAGGACCUCGAAAGUCAUCUGUUGCAAAAUACCCUCAGUGUUUAUCUUCUAGAAUGUCACCAUCACUAUUUUCAGCAAGAAUGAAUGAACCAUCAUUUUAUACUCACGUAGAACAUUUCCCCUAUGAAGAAACCAGUACAAUCAAUAAUCCACAUUCUGUACAAGUUCACGUAAAUGAUCCAGAUUCAACCUAUCAUCUUUCGAUGAAUGAAAGAGCAGGUAGACGUAGAAUUUCACCAGUUGGAAAUGUUUCAUCCAGAUCACGCCUCACAAGUACAAAUAGAAUGCUGCCUACACCGAUUGAAGGAACACUCGACAAUAAUGUGUAUCCUAUAAAAAGAAACCUCCCGUCGAAUCAAAGAAAUGAGCCUAAUAUGAGAUUUUACCCAGAAUAAAAGCACAGCAAAUUCAGAAAUCGCCAACAUGUGGUUAUCAAAGAAUAAAUUGUAACUAUAUCAUGCAAUGAUGAAAAUUCUCACAAAAUCUUUCAUAUCCCUGUUUCUCAAAUAACAGGAUAUAAAGUAAACAUGAUUCACAACUUUCACAGUCUUUUUAAUUUCAACUAAUUUCACUAUUUUUUUGUUUUUCACAGCAUUCUUAUAAAUAAUAGCAUAAAUUCUAAAUGAUCACUUUUGAUUUUAUCCUUUUUUGUUUUCUUUUCAAGAACUUGUUAUAUAUUUUGUUGUUUUGUAUCAUAUCUUCUUCUUGUUAUUAGAGUAUCACAAUGAAGAGCUAACCAAAGAUAAUAAGUUGACAUUCAUAUCUGUUUGUUUUUUCUCGCAAAUCUAUUUUAGUUUGAAUAUAAUCUAAUAUUUUGAAAGGCUAUCUCCUCACUAUCAUGUAUUUA